UUUGAUUGGUUUGUGAUCGCGUCUCGCGGCUACUGUAGACGUUGUAUGGGUGUUGAGGCGUGAAGCCGCGGAUAUACGGGCGAGACUCCGAACACAUGGUGACAUACUCCGUGUCAUUCAGGUGAAACGGCCCACGUAGGGGCCACAAAACACAGCGAUCGUUUACACGUCUUUAAACACUUUUUUUUUUAAAGUACUGGAUGAUGGUGGCUGGGGAAAACCUAUCCCUUCUUUCUAUUGGAUCGCAAAGCUGGAAUAUUCGCUGUGCCGGCAUGAUUUGAUGUUUUUCGGGAAAUAGUUUGAAACCAUCGUGUGGGAACAUACCAGCCAGCGAUCUAUAAGCUGGUAAUGAUUUUCUCAUCUCCGCCAAAAGAAAUUUUGGAAGAGUGACACGCUCCGGAGUACGGCUGUGGUGUUAAACGAUACACGCGAGGUUUCGAUUGUUGGCGCUGCAGGUGUUUUGUUGAACGCUUCUACGUGUUGCUGUUAUUAGUACCCCAUCGCUUCUAUAAAAAAAAAAAAAAAAAAUCCAAAAAAUUGACGUGUCCAUUGCUCAUUGUAUAGGUAUUAGACAAGCGGCGGUUCCAAAGUCGCCAGGUGUUACAAACAACGGUGAAAAGGAAGCAGGAGAAGGGGAGAGAAAAACCGCUUAUUGGGGGAUACGUUUUAAAAAGAUAAUAGCAAUAAUAAGUAAUAACAAACGUGGACACCUACUGCGUGAAUCGGUGGUAAUUAGCCGAUUGUUGGCGUCAUUAUGCCUUCAUGCCAUAGCCAAUCUGAUUAAGCAGGCCUAUUAUGGGGCAGAGAAUGGCCGGUUUACGCCGUCACGGUUAUACGGCCCCCUGGCGGCAUCAGCUGGGCGGAUUAUAGGGUGCUCCAGCCACCGGGCUAUUUUUGAACGUGUUGUGAUUUUUCUUUUUACCAGUCGCACACAGCAAGCAUGAGAUUCGGCGGCGACAUUGCCAGACAUACUGGCGCCUCCAAUAUACCCAUGUUUUGGACAGCUAUUGUUCUCCUUCUGCAAGUCGCGGGGACACAUGCCGCCAACAGACACAAUCAGACCGGGGGCUCCAACCCUUCGGAUGCGAUCAACAGACUUUCAAAACUGUUCGGAUUUUCUCGGAUUCCUGCCAGGAUAUUCCACCGGUCCCCACCCCAGUACAUGACGGAGCUGUAUAGCACCUUGACGGAUAGCGGAGGACUUACUAAACAGUCCAGUCCGUAUGGAGCCGAUGUUGUGCGGAGUUUCCCGGACAAAGAUUCCGUCCACAGAAUGCAUUUCCACUAUGACAUAUCCCGUUAUAACAACAGUGAGCAGAUCCUCGAGUCGGAGUUCCAUAUCUUCAAGAUGCGUCCGAAACCUUCUGCGUCCCACGAGGUCAAACCGCCGCAUCACAUUGAGAUACGAAUAUACCAAGUUCUGAAUAUAAAUCUUAUGCACACAAAACAAGGAUUGCGUCUUUUAGAUGCCAAAAAACGUAGUGCGCAUGUGCACGGCUGGCUGACGUUUCGUGUUAAAAAGGCUGUAGAGACAUGGUUUAAUAACUCAGAUUCAAAUUUUGGUUUACUAGUAACAACAACAGCCGGCCGUGGAAAUCAUGUAAAUGGAAGUUACAUCCGGUUUGCACAGCGCCAUGAACAUCAUGAAAGUAAGCAGCCAAUCCUGGUCAUCUUUACAGAUGACGGACGGUCAAGACAUCCAAACUACAUAUCUCCAGACGAUGAAGGUUACAUGGAACUAAAGCAAGAUAUUCUUCACCAAGAAAAUCUGCAACAAAUUCGCAACAAGCACUUCCGGCAGGCAAUUCGAUUUCUGAACGAGCGAGACCGCGCCAAGAUGACAUCGCCUCAAAUACCGCCAUCUGGAUCAUCUGCAAAACGGAACCAUAACCGCAGAACGAAGCGAAACAUCGAGACAACGAGAGCCCUGCAGGCUUUGGGAAUACAUUCAGUUCAUUCACACAGAACUAAAAGGAGCUCGGGAAAAAAGAAAUCCAAAGGUGGACGGAAAAAAAGAACAUUCGACAUGAACAGAUACCGCAUUCACAGGAAAACGUGUUCGAGACAGCCGAUGUAUGUUGACUUUGACGAGAUCGGCUGGUCAGGGUGGAUUAUUUCUCCCAAAGGAUACAACGCCUAUCACUGCACGGGCGAAUGUCCUUUCCCACUGGGUCAGAGUCAGAAGCCGACCAAUCACGCCACGGUGCAGAGCAUCGUGCACGCUCUGCGCGUGGGUAAAGACGUUGGCACGCCGUGCUGUGUUCCUAAUAAACUGUAUUCUAUAAGUCUGUUGUAUUUUGACGAUGACGAAAACGUGAUUCUUAAGCAGUAUGAUGACAUGGUGGCGGCUAGUUGUGGAUGUCAUUAGCAAGCUAUCCAGAUUUUAUCUCAUUGUGAUAGAAAGUGCUAUUUGAAAACAAAAUGAAUAAACAAAACAAAAACAGGGUCGUGGCUGACAUAAAAGUAUGCAUAGUGGCAGGCCAAACGCGAAUCAGGGUAUCCUUAAUUAAUAUAGAGUGAUCCCCCGCCUAGAUACAAGGUGCACUUCUGAACUAAAAGGACACUGUUUCAUACUUUGUCUGGGAUGGGACAGCCCUAUGUCCCAUGUAGUUACGGCCCUGAACCACAAGAGAAAAUUAAAAAGAGGUGCAGUUCACGGAGGUUUACGCAAACAUAUGCCAAUAUUUGGUUUGUAUCUUGUGUGAGGUAAUGCACAAGUCUGUCGCCAUGUUGAGUGAGCCAGUAACAUGACUAUUGAUGUUCACAAGAUCCUUAACAGACAGAUUAACAACAUUUCGACGAUAUAGAGUCAGAUUAAUACAACAGAAAUAUCACUGGUGAUGUCCUUUAUUUAGAUUCUGGCCAUGAAACUCCGUUUUCGUAGACCUGGUCUGUAUGGAUAUAUUAUACCAUACAGACAGGUUAAGAAGUUUAAUCCCAUCUGCGUACGUCUCAAACUCCCAGAGUCUGACACUAUGUAUGCCAAGUACACCUGGUUUACUGUACAAUGCACUUUUACAGGUAUUUCUGCGGACUGACAUUUUAUCCGCGAAACAUGAAGUGAUGACCUCAUUCCUUCUAUACCAAUAAACAAGCCAUUGUGCUAGCCACAAAGAACAGACUGCUAUAUGUGAUCGAUUGACGUUACGAUGUCAAGAGAUAUUGACUGAGAGAAUUGCAUAUAAGUGGUGGAGAAUAUCUUAAAAUGUUUGGUUAUGAAUUUAAAAACUGUUAAAACAUCAAUAGCGGAUUCAGAGGAGCCCAAAACAAUUCAAGCGUACAAUGCAACAAUUGAUAUUUCAGUGACCCACGAAAUAGAAACGUUGAUGGGGAAGUAAUUAUCAAAUUAACAUCUUCUCCAGAGGACUAACAUAUUUUUGUGUAUCAUUGCCAUUACCUGCUUUGAGCAACAUGAUCUCUUUACACCUAUGAUUUAAAGACCUCUUCAAAAUACACUGAAUCCAUAUACUGAGGACCUAAAUUGUGAAUCGCUCUCAAAAUAAUUUAUGUUGGAAUUCAAAAUUUUAGUUCAGUACUUGUAAUGGCCAAUCAAUGUGAAUUAACAUCAUUAUAAUAUUCUUGAUUUCCCGGAAUUCCUAUAUUAUAAUAAAUGCCGAUCUGCACCCGAUUGGUUUCUGGACACUGUGUGUGUUUCAAACACGUGCCAAAGUGUGAGUGACAUCUUGUGAUGGCGUCAAAAGUGCUACCCUGCUAAAAGUAUGCACUGUACGUUUCAAAUGUAACUAUCUUUAUUUUUUUCCUUUUUGUGCUACCUGUAAGUAUGUAUAUAUAAGUAUAUAUAUUUGUGUGUAAAUGUUCUAAUAUUAGACUACUCGUAUGUCUUAUCAUUGUAAAUAGAUCAUGUUUCACCACAUCAAGUGAUAAACGUUAAAAU